GUUUCGGAUCCGCGAAAUCUGAUAUUUUCUUCAGUUUCAUGGCUACUUCGUUCAACAUAUCAGGUCCAUCAAAAGCGUGUCAGAAAAGGGAGAUAAUGGACAACAAAAAUGAACAAAAGCAAGACUUGUUAAGCUCCUUGAAAGCCAAAUUAGAAGCUAUAGAUUCUUUGGAGCUUCCCUUAGCAUCAGGAUGUUGCAUCUACAAAGUGCCACCAAAAAUUCGGAAAGUGAAUGAAGAAGCCUACACCCCUACCUUGAUAUCAAUUGGUCCAUUUCAUCGCGGAGACAAGAGACUGGAAUCCAUGGAAGAAGUCAAAAUAUGGUGCCUCAACAACUUUCUAAAGAGGAGUAAAGAGAAAUUGUUGGAGGAUUAUGUUCAAACUCUAAGAGACUGGGAAGAUGAAGCUCGACGUUGUUAUUCAGAAACCAUACCGAUGAAGAGUGAUGAUUUUGUAAGCAUGAUUCUAACAGAUGGUUGCUUCAUCAUUGAGUACUUUCUCUCAUGUCUAGGUCUGUUAGAACAAAACCCUUGGCGUUUUAAAUUAUGGCCAACGUGUGAUAUAAACCUAGACUUGAUCUUACUUGAGAAUCAGUUGCCAUUUUUCAUUCUUAAAGGACUAUUCGACCUAACUUUUCCUACUGGCUUCAAUGAUAGGUUUUCAUUCACUGAGAUAGCCUUCAAUUUUUUUAGGAGAGUGUUUCUACACCAUAUUGUUACCAAAAAAGAACUCCGUGGCAAGUUUACUUUUAAGUAUUUUCAACAACACUACCUUGAACAGACGACUACUACUCAAUUUGAAUCAUCUACAGUCACAAAAGUGAUCCAUCACCUGAAUGCUAUGUUAAGGAUGUUUUACCUACCGAAUCAAUUACCAAGAAGAGAAUUUGGCAAAGUGAAGCCUGUGUAUGGUGCAAGACAACUACGAGAGGCAGGGAUCAAAUUUCAGGUCAAUGAACAACAGAAAAGCAUUACUGAUUUGAAAUACUCCAAGGGAGUGUUGAAGAUACCAUAUUUUCAGAUCAGUGAUUGGACUGAGAUGGUGGUUAGAAAUAUGGUUGCAUUUGAGCAGUGUCACCUUGCUCUUGAGAGCUAUGUGACAGAUUAUGUGACCCUCUUGAACUAUCUUAUUGACACAGGAAAAGAUAUUGAGCUCCUUGUUGAGAAAGGAAUCAUGGACAACUUGUUGGGCAGCAAUGAUGAAGUGGCUUCCCUAGUCAACAGCCUUGACAAAAAUACUGUGUUCAUGACUUGCAACAGUGAUUAUCAAUCUCUAUGUGAAGAAUUGAACAAGUUCUACGAGAAUCCUUACCACAAGUAUAAGGCAAUAUUUAAGCAUGAGUACUUGAGCACCCCUUGGAGAAUAGCAUCAUUUAUUGCUGCAAUUAUGCUCCUCAUACUCACUCUAAUUCAAACAAUAUGCUCUCUCCCCUUUAUUAAUAAGAGGUAGGCCAAAAGUAGUUGUACAACACAAAUGGAAAUGUGCGAUUGUGCAAGUUUCCUAUCUGGUUUGGCUUGUCAAAAUCAACCAUGGACUAUCCAAAUUUUGUUAUAUUUUCCAUUCUAAGAGGAUUUAAACCAUUCAUAUCUAAAUUAGAUAGUUCAAAUUAUACGUGCAUUUUCUAGAUCUCUAAGAAUGCCUUGGGAAUUUUAUACCUUGAAUAAUUCUCAAGUAGUAACUAAUUUUGUAGCGUGAUCUUUUCCACUAGUGCUCCCUUUUCUAUUAGAUUUGUGUCAAAUUAAACUUGCAAUCUCAGCUAUAGUGUUUGUUGAGAUUGCAAGAAUUACAUGCAAAACUCAGGGACAAAAAGAAGAAAGAAAGAGGA